AUGACACUCAGUAUAGCUAGAAUCAAGAUAUCUGAUAAUAUAAUACUUCCAUUAAGAGUUUUCAUUAAUAGGAAACAGUUGUUAUAUAAUAUCACCAAUGAACCAAUAAUUCAAGCACCAUUGUUAUCUAAUAAUUCCAUUGUAUGCUUAAAAUCACCAAACACAAGAAUAUUUGUUUCCAAUAACGAUCUAGAAAGCCUGUGUGAUGAAAUUAGAGAUGAUAUAUUAUUGAUAAUCUAUGAAUUAACAUCACAAGAGGUGAUGAAUCAAACUAUUGGUAAACUACGAGUUGGCUAUAAUUUAGAUUUUAAGAAAUCAGUUAUAAAUAGAUUUUUCAAAGAUGACGAUACUGGUGACUAUUACAUAGAUUCGAAUAUAUUAAUGGUAACAAGAGUAUCAAAAUUGAAAUAUAAAUUUAGAUUCAAAAAGAAUUGGGAAGUUGAUAUAUUCAUAAACAAUAUUAAAAAAUUAUCUGAUUUGAGAGAUUAUCUUUUAUUUAGGCAUAAUCCAAACCAAAUGAGUUCACCAUCAAUACCAAUCAAUUCAGUUAAAAAAGUAUUGAUUAUGGAGCCUGAUGAUUACCUGAACAUUGAAACAGGUAAAGAUCAAACCAUGAUUUUACAAGAAGAUGAAAAUGACAGCGGGAUAAUCGAUCAACAAUCGUCACAAGAUGAUGAUUCAAAACCUAUUAUUCAUUAUAGGUAUAAACCUACACUAAAUCUAGCAGAAUUAAUCGAUAUACAUGUAUUGCAAAGACCAAGAAGGCAUAAAAUAUAA